AUGGAGUAUUACGCAACUUCACGAAAAACGGCUGAAGCUCUAGCUAUUGCAUUGAGUGGCAAAUACCCCAAAUCCUGCAUAUCGUUCAUUGUGUUGGACUCACCUCGCAUAUCGUUGGAGGCAGAAGUGGCGAGCAUUGGGCCAUUCCCCCCGCAGAAGAUGUUCGUCAUUCAAGUGGAGAAUGCUACUGAGCUCAGGAGUUUCCUCACUAAUUAUAGGGUUAGAGGUACGAGGCAACCACCAAGUCGUCGUCAUGUGAAGGGCCACUCCUGGAAGAACUAG